CAUUUAGGGUGAACGGCCCUCUACUGGCCGUGUCAGAGAGAGAGAGAGCUCAGACACCAGCAUCAAACCAGUUUACUCCAUCGCUCCAGUAUUGCAAAUCUGUGAUUGCAACCGCACUGAUGAAACGUCGUUUGGACACCGGACACCCGCAAUUAAACGAUCCUCAUCUAAUGUUGUCAAUGUCGGAAUUUCUUUUGAGUAUGCAAAAUGUGGAAAAGAUGAGUUUACCGCCUUCGACUGUCGUCAGCGAUAUAUAGCCAUCCGGGAUAGCCAUAGCAUUAAUUAAGUGAACAUUCCUUGAAUCCUUGCUGAAACCUAGAAUUGCAUUGCAUUGCAUUUAUUAGUACCAGACGCAACCCUGGCCAACUAAAGACUGAUUGCGGCUAUAGACGGUACAUCGGACUUCGACACAACCCGAAGGAGAACUUCACACAUUUCCCAAGGCGUGCACACUCUCAACAGUGCUCCAAAUUUUCCUUGAAAGCCCAAUUAAUUUCGAUAGUUUCAGCUAUAAUACCGUUAUAUUCUGCGAAAUCAUGGCUAGGCCUUGACCUCGCUUGACCUCGCUUGACGUGUUGUCUGCAUUUUUGUUGUGAUCACGUGACAACCAGAAUACCAUUGUCUGUGUAGAUAAAGAACGAGCUGCGUACACUAUAACAACAGACGUCGCUGCAGGAGACCCCAAAGGCAUAUCAACCAGUGGGAGAACCCCAGCUACCACCAAGAUGUUACAGCCGGAGAUGUCAGACAUGCCCAUGAGUGCCAUGAGCCGGGAAAUGACCACCAGACGAUCUCGUCGGCAGAAUACGAACAGGGAGAACGAGUCCGAGGAGAUCACCAAGCUCAAAGAGAGACACACCAUCCUGGGCGCGGUGAAGAAAGUUGUCCGGGCCGUCAUCCCGCACCUAGUGCUCUUGGGUGUACUUUUCGUGUACCUGGGCUUCGGGGCGUGGGUCUUCUCCACGCUGGAAAACAGCUGCUCCCUCGAAUGCUACAGGGAGCUUGAUGAAGCCAAGGUGAAGAUGAGGGGGAUCGCCAUCAAUAGAACAACUUGCACCCCUUCAGGGUCCACGCCCCUUCCUCCUCAAGAUGCGAUUGGUCGGACGAGUUCCUCUAGCACGAAGGGUGCUGGCAAAGGGACGCCUUACGAAAGCAGUGAAGCUUGUGAUGAUGACGCUAUGGUGGAAGAGAUGGAUGAACAGUUUGAUGUCGUGAUGAAGAAGAUGGUACGUUCUGGAAUGACGAUUGGAAGGAUGGAUUCUCUGCUAGUAGGUCGAACCUGGAAUCUCAGCAGCGCUAUGCUAUUCAGUAUGACGACCAUUACCACCAUCGGAUACGGAGACAUUGCUCCUGAAACUACCGGAGGGCGUAUUUUCUGCAUCUUCUACUGCAUCGUUGGAAUACCACUGGCCCUGCUCUGCUUGGCAAACAUCGGCAACCUCCUGGCCCGACUCACUCUCAAGACCUGCAGGGCAACCCACUACUGUCUUGUUGUACGCCACAAGGUCGGCGCUAGCUGUCGAAGAUGCCGCGGAACCUCUAAAAGUCACCCCGAAACAUCGUCUCAGAGGAAAAUAAUUAACGGGGAAGUGGAAAUAUCAAUGGAAAAAGUUGGCAGACCGCCUGCGUAUGAAUCUAAAGAGAAAGAAGCCGAUCGAGCUAACGCAAACAAAACGUCAGAUGCGAAUACGAAUGAUCACGCAAUUACACGCUCGGUAUCGAUAGCCACGGAUAGACCGACGUCGCAACCGCACGGCGUGACCAAGCAACCGAGUUCGGAUGUGUGCGAGCUAGGGUCGGGCGCGGGCGUACCGUCCUGCGGUUGCCCACCUAACCAAUGUCAGUGCGAGCAUAAGCCGGACGUGCUCGAGGAAGUCCCGCUUCUCGUUAUAGUCGCCAUUUUGAUAAUCUACAUGUGUGGGGGCGCUGCGUGGAUGGCUUCAGCGGAGGGAUGGGACUUUGGCACAGGGAUUUAUUUCAUGUUUAUAACGCUCACCACCAUAGGGUUCGGUGAUGUUCUGCCCAUGAAGCACUAUGCUGCUGAUACGUUCAUACCCUGUCUCUUCUUCACGCUGUUUGGUCUCGCCAUCAUGUCCAUGUGCAUUGCACUUGUCCAGGUUAAAGUUUUGCGGGGCUACCAGUUGAUAACGACGAAGCUUGGUCUGUGCUGAGACGAAUAACAAUUAGAAUCAAAUAACUUGCAAGUUAAUGUGGUGGUGGUGGUUAUUUUACCUGACUGCUAAGAAAGCACAAAUGCUUGUUAGUAAGCAACCAGAGGACCGACAGCUUUAGGUCACCUCCGAGUAUGAUCAAAGAGAAUUUGAUUCUUUUCCUGUCAGAUGCAGAUUUGCCAUGAAAACGAGUCCGUUCUUUGAAGGCACUUUCACCUGUUGCGUUCAGAUAUCCAAGGUUUUAAGAUGUAAGUUCAUGCAUUCGAAAGAUGGAAAACAGAUCUGGUCCAACUGAAUGAACGUCGCUGUCGGACGAAACCUGCAAGCCAAUACUCAGAUCCAGCUGGAUCCUUGACGCUUAUUUGCAAGGAAAGCUGCAAAAGAAAGCUGCAUACUUUAUUAUACAGCUUUGUUAAAUGGAAACAUCGUGUUGGUCUGUGUCACUGACACGUGAAGACAAGAAGAAACAAAAAUCAGUGAUUUCAUGAAAGUGGACUUUUUCGUAACCAGAAGACGAAAGAAAAAGAACUUCAGAUCACUGAUCUCCCCCAAAUCGAUUUCCUUGGAGCAAGACGUUACGAAGAGAAGAUUCCUGGGACCCGUUUCACAAGCCCUUUUUUCAACGACAAAUGACAACAACCAGUGACAAAUCGGCUGAUAACCAAUCAGAAUCAAGGAUUUCACUAGCUUAUAACAAAAAACUGUCAUUUUUACAAAUGAAAAGUUUUGUAAAAUGGGGCCCUGAUAUGAUACUUCUGUCACACCGCCAAACCGACUGAUUUCUGACCAUUGUGGAUAGUGUAAUUUCUCGUCCGGUCUGUAGUCGGUCACGUUGUGAUGUGAUUGAGGUAUUACUUGGGACGAGGAGACGCGAAGACGACUUUCCUGAUCUUGUGCAGUCCGAUUUAUACGAGAAUGGGACAUCCGAGUAGACCAACAGCCCAGGAGAGCAACACAUUUGGUUGGUGACCCUUCGAAAAAGUUGUCAGAAGGUCUACUAAACAGACACGUCAGUUUCACAGACCGUGCGUCGGUAUCAUGAACCCUCAGAAACCUUUUCAGAAGGCCCGCAAGACCAAUACUGUCGGUACAUGGGCUGUCGGUCUUGUAGGUCGAUGAUCAAGUCGGCCCUAUUUAGGACAAGCAAUCGAGAUGACGAGAUCUUCAGGACGAACGAGUAGAUGAGGCGAUAUGCGACGAAUAAUUUCAUAAUAGUGUUUAUCUCAAAUGAGAUGAAUCCUUGAAAUCCAGGGUUGCAUAUUAAAAAUGCCUCUUGCCUUUACAAUAGUUUCAAGAUCUUGUAUUGCGUUGUUGCUAUCACGUCUUGCUGUACGCGGGAGUCGACUAAUACAGCGAAAUAUUUCAUUUUGAAGGAUGUUGUAUGGAGCUUUUGAGCUUCCAUUUAAUUUUCGAACGGAACCAUGUGCAUUGUUGCCCUUAAAGUUGGAGUAAUCUUUUACCUCUUUUCAUGAAAUGAUUGUGAUAAUAUGGUUUAUUUUGUAUAUAUAAAUUCAUAUCCUCUCAGAACUUCACUUUUUGAUCUUAAUGACUUUUUAGAUUGAUAACUGAAGCUCUGUGAAAAUAUUUACCUUAUCAAUAUUAAAAAUAUGCCUAUAUUUGCAGUCACUUCAUGAAAAGAGGUAAAACAAAUUAUAUUCUAACUUUACGGACAACGAAGUAUAUAUGAAUGGUCUGUUAUUGGCAUAAUACAUAUGCCUACAUUGCUGAAUUAUUGAAUAUAUUAUUGUUGUAUUGUUUACGAAGUCUUUGCAAGUCAUAUCAUCAAUUUCUAUGUAUUUACUUUCCAAUAUCAAUGCUAGUAUAGUAUACGCUAUAUAUACUCGGGCUGCAAAAAAGCUGCUAACUAAAAAAAUCAAUUGACAUGAAAAGCUCAUUAUGGAAAGAAUUAUUUUAUUGCAUACGAGCAUAUCCGUUCAAAAGUAACUUUGAUUAAUAUAGCUGUAAUAGAAACUUUAUAAUUGCCUCCAAAAUCUUGCCUAAUGGUCAAUUAAACCGUUUCAACGUUAAUUAAUUUAUGGACUCACGUCAUCUGGCUAAUUAACGGAAAUGAUUUUACAAACAAAUUUCUGCCUCAUCCGUGUUACAUCUAAUAACAAAUACAGAGUCGUGUAUUUUUUGAGAAGGUAAAGGGAUUGAAUAUUUGAAUUAUAUAUUUAUAAAACAUUGUCCACUGUUGGCGGAACAUUUUCUUCAUCAUGUUCACGUAAUGGCCGAAGACACUAUAAUAAUAUGUUAACCUUUAAUUUGUAAGGCUGAAAUAUCGGCAAAAAAGUCGUAAUUAUUCGUAAAAUCGACCUGAAAUCAAUUUUAUAACCGUUCAUUUUCUACCAAAAAGUAUUUCAUCAUGUUCAUAGAUUCAUAAUUACACUUUUCAGUGAAAAAGAAAUAUUCAAAGAACUGCAGAAGUGAUGUGUGAAAUUUUUCAAUCAUUUCAAC